CAGUUCUAAUCCAGUUGGGUUGCGUGCCCUGUUCACUUGGCUUCACUCGUCAAAAACCCCAAAGCUUUUCUUUCUUUCUCACUCUCCAAGUCUACUACUUUCCCUCAUUCUCUCUCUCAAUUUUCCGUCAAAAUGCCAAUCACCAAAGACCCAUCCACUCCGCCGCCUAUGAUCGGAAAAAUUGGGCCUUACACCGUCUUCGUGACCCCACCUUCCACCCCAAAACCAGCUGAACCGGUAUUCGAGUCCCCCAAGAAGGUUGCGCCGCCGCCUAUGGUUCAGCCUCCUCCGCAGCAGUUCGAUAAGUCUGUGUCUGCCCAAUCCCUACACAAUGGCUCUGCUGUCUCGGGUUUCUUUAAAAAUGCAGUCACCAGAGUUCAAAAUGUUCAUUCAAGCUUGGAUGAUCGUUUGGCUCGGUGGUUUGGAUUAGAUCAGUCCAAGUAUCAGUGGGCAUGGGAUGGCUAUCAUGAGAGCAAAGGAUUGGGAAAGGAAGAUGGAAAGACCAAAGAGAUAUCAAGCAAACUACAGAGCGUGUAGCAUUGUUGUUAGGUUGGUAACUUGAUCUUUCGUGUGUGAUAUCCCAAUUGUUGAUCCAAGUGAGAUUGGCUGUUGAGUCUGUUUUGUGUAGUAUAUCUAUAUCUAUGUACAUAUGUAAGAGAUAUGGUUACCCAGAUGUUUAUGAAGGGAUCUGGUUGCAUGCAA